CCUUUAUGUAGACAGGUUUUUUAUAUCAAGCAGCCUUGUGUAUUGGCUGCAGGGAUAAAGCUAGUCAUGAGUUUGAGACAGAGAAAUAUUCAAUUAGUUGGCAAAUACCAAUAACAUCUCUAAAUGAAGGAUUUGGCACAGAAGCAUUGGCUGCUUUUUUAUUAAUAGAAAAUACCACCAAUUACCAAAGUUUUAAUCCGUGAACCAAGGAUUUGACCAUCAAGGAAGGCGCCCCAAGGGCCCAAAUGAAAUCAAGAUUCCUAACAAAAAAUAUAUUGCGGGAAACGGCCAGGGGCAAACUGAGUAUAGAGAAAGCGGGCAAAAUAAUUUAGGGAAUAAAAUAAAUGCCGGGUUUUCCGAUUUCGGCAUCUUGCGGUCCUAUAAAACACAGCAAGUCUUGAUGUCCCCAGCCUCCAGCAUAACUCUCUCCAAUUUCUCUCUUUCAACUCCGUUCUCUCUGGAGCUCUUCCUUUCACCUCCAUCUCUUUUAUCUUUUCAUUCCUCUUCCUCCCUCAUCUCUUUCCCUUUUUUUUCCCCUUCUCUUGGUCUCUUUUAUACGGAUUGCACUAUAAGUUUGUGCUUUUUUUGUUUCCCUGAAGGAUAGUGCUAUGGUGACCGCUCAGCCAUAACUCGCUGGUGUUUGUCUCAUAUUGAUUUUGAGAUGCAAAAAGAAUAGAUUUUCAAGCGAUGGACAGGAUGUAUUCGUCGCCGGUUAAGAGAACGGAGCACGUUGACGUGACUCCAAAGCCGCGGCCGCGCUCAAGAUCCAGCUCCGGCGAACCGACCAAGUUGGCGGACCGGAGGAUGGUGCGUAUCUUUUGCGACGACUACGAGGCCACCGACUCUUCCGGCGACGAAGACGAGUGCUGUUACCUCCGCCGCCGCGUGAAGCGCUAUGUCCAGGAGAUUAGGUUCGAGGACCGCCCUGCCAAGGGCGCCGCUUCCGCCGCGGGCGACAAGGGGAGAUCCGGGAAGGUAGGCGGAAAGAAGAAGAAGCCGGUCCUUGGAACCUCCGGGGACCAGCCUGGCUCGCCGGUGGCCCCGAGGUUCCGUGGCGUCCGCCGCCGGCCGUGGGGGAAGUACGCCGCGGAGAUCCGCGAUCCUCGGCGGCGUGUCCGUCUGUGGCUCGGCACGUACAAUACUGCCGAGGAGGCCGCCAAGGUGUACGACACCGCCGCCAUCCAGCUCCGCGGCCCCGAUGCCACCACCAACUUCUCUACUCGCUCAGUCGCCACUUCCGCCGCCGCUCCCACCCAGCCUUCUCCUCCGACUAAGAACCUUUCCGACGGCACGGUCUCCGGCGGGUACGACUCCGGUGAGGAGUCACCCAAUCUCUCCUCUCCAACCUCCGUCCUCUGCGGUUUCUCAUCCUCCUCCGCAAAGAAGUCGGAGGCGAACGACGCCCAAGAACAGCAGCAAACUCCGACUAAAGUCUCGGACGAGAAGGCAAGUAUUCUCCCCGCCAGUAUUAGUUUACCGGACGAGUUUCGGGACUUCAUGUCAUUCGACGAGGUGCCACUAAUCGACUUCGACGUGCCGGAGCCUGCAUUCUUCGCGGACUCGGCGGAGAUCGGCUUCUUCACCAGCGACAUGAGCGAUGUCAUGCUGAGCUCCGAUUUAAACCUCGGCUCAAUAACAUGGCAGGAAGAUGAUUAUUUUCAAGAUAUUGGUGAUUUAUUUCCAAUCGAUCCUCUCCCUGCCGCUUAAAACUUUUGGAGAAACAGAGAGAGUCUCAGGACGCCAAUUAAUCGGCUGAUUUUUUUAAAAAAAAUUUAACUGUGAGGAGAGAGACAGUAGCUUUUCUAUUUUUUAUUAAUUUAUUUUUUGUUUUUAAAUCUUUCCCUUGAAUAUCGAGUGAGGUAACUGUAACGGAACGGAUUUUGUGAUAUUUUAUUAUCUUACUUAUAUUUUUAUUAUUAAUAUAUAAGAAUUUUGUCUGCGUUAAAAAUAAAGAUUUUUUUUUGGCAUUGGGUUUGAUGGAUAUGGCUGACUGCACACGUGUCUACAUUUAACGGGUCUUUAGCUCUGUUUUC